UGUGGUUGUUGUGUAAGCUGUACUGUGGCUGCUGUGGUCACCCUAUAUUUUGGUGCUAAGUUUUUUGCAGCAGAUGAUUUUAACGAGAACCCCCAAUCCUCGUGCAGAAGGGGAUACAAUGUGGCUAAAAAAUGUGAGCAGUGUCGCUAGACCCAAUGGAAUGUUUCCACCCAAACGGGACCACCCACCCAUUAAAUCUUAUGAUCCAUCAGCAUGGCUCUGGAGUCCAUGGGCCAGAACAGACAUUUAUACCACCAAAGGUAGCAAAACUAAGUCAUUUCUGCGGCUCAAAAGAGUAACAUUGAUAAUCCCCCCCCACCCCCCGCUCAUUUCAAACGCUUUUCACAAUUCACACGUCCAAAAAGCUGUCUUCGCGAAGGUGGUGAUGCCCACCUCACGCGGCACCGACUCGUAAUGAUGUAUCGUCUUGAGUUGGGCUCAUGGACUCGAGUGGAGGUGAGCACAGUCGGAGGGCGGUGAUGGCCGAGAGAGCAACCAACCCUGCUGCUCGCUCCCCAAACUCCCUGACCCUGCUUCCCCCUGACCUGGUCCUCACGACCCACCACUUGGACCCCAUAACCCCAAUGCACGAACCCAACCCUCGACCCCCAGUCCCUGGUGCUUGCACCGCUCUUGCCUCGCCACUGGCCUUAACGCCAGGGCUGCCUGUUCCCCGCUCGCCACGCCCUGCACACCCCACCCCUCGUCUGCCCCACACCCCAUCCCGACACUCCGAGAAGCCCACCCCCCUGCUCACCACAAACACCAAAUAGACCCCCAACUCUGUAAUCUCACUGCCAGCUCACCACCACUGCCCUAAUUCCAUGCUCACGACUCGUCACCCUUCCCUGCAUUCCCCUCGUCAUCCCUCCCCUGCACGCCUCGUCACCCCUCCUCUCGUCACCCUUCCACGCCCUUCGUCACCAUUCCCUCCACGCCCCUGGUCACCCCUCCCUGCACCCCUCCCCUCGUCAACUCUCCCGACUCCACGCGCUCCGUCGCUGCUCUGCUAUGGCAGCGCCACGCGACGUGGGCGUGAGGCCGCGUGUUGUGUAAGCGAAGCGCGUGAGCGAGGAAGGAGGGUUGUGGGAGAGUCGGAGCCGAGGAUCAUCCUCAGCGUGGGCACCAGAGGGGGACCGGCUGCGGUCUCGCCUCGAGCUCGGGACCGGCGAGACCCCCCUCCGCCUCAACCCAGGGGACGCGGACCGCAGUGUCCCGACUCCUAGAACCCGAGGAACAGACCGCGUGGACCCGCGACUGGGAUCGUGGGCAAGGGGGGACCGUGGGGCGAACGGGGAUGGAGGCGGGCGCGCUCCUGGGCCCCGCGGUGGUGCUGCUGUCCGCAGGGGUAUUCUGGGCUGUGGGCCGCGUCGCGCAGCGCCUGCCCGCGCCGCGCUGCGCGCACCGGAACGCGUGGAAGUGGCGGAACAGCGCCGCCUCCAUGGUGCACGGCGUCGUCACGGGCAGCGGCGCCGUUCUCUGCUUCUACUCGCACCCGGAGAUGGCAGAGGACCUGAUCGGCACGUGGAGGCCCGCGUCGCAUUGCCUCGUCGCCGUCUCCAUCGGCUACUUCCUCAACGACUUCGUCGACAUGCUGCUCAACCAGAAAGUGCAGCGCUGCUGGGAGUUGCUGCUGCAUCACCUGGUGGUGAUCGUGUGUUUCGGCGUCGCCGUGCUGCGCCGCCGCUACGUGGGCUUCGCGACGGUCGCCCUCCUCGUCGAGAUCAACUCCGUCUUCCUCCACGGCCGCCAGCUUAUGCUCAUGGCCGGGCUGGGCAAGACGACGGCAGGCCGUGUCGUGGGCCUGCUCAACCUGGGCACGUUCGCCGCGUUCCGAAUCAGCACGCUGGCGUGGAUGACGCGCUGGCUCGUGCUCAACCGUGACAGCAUCCCCGCCGCCGCCUUCGCCACGGGCAGCGUCGGCAUGGCGGUCGUGACGGUCAUGAACAUCGUGCUCUUCUACCGCCUCCUGCGCAGCGACCUCCUGCACGCCGGCCGAGCAGCUCCGCUCCGCGGCAAGGAGACCGGCCUGUAGGCCGCAGGAGCGAGGCGGCGUCCGGCCCGACGUCGGCGCCGACAUCGCCGGUCUGGGAUCGAUGGCCACACUUUCUCCUUCCGUCGACGAGGCCACCGGCGGCGUCGAGACCGUCUGCGCGGAGCUACCGCGCCGCCGCUCGUCCUCCACCCCCCCUCACGUGCGCCGAGAGACGGUGGUCACAGAAUGGACCAGUAACUAAAGCUCCGAUUAUUACAGAAAUUAAAGCACUUCCGCGACGGCCGCCGACGAAGGCACCCACUCGUGUCAGCGUGCGCGCGAGGCCUCUCGCUGCGAUCUCGGGUGCCACGUUCCUUGCCGCAGCCCCGCUCUGCUGGGUUUGGGCAGCGUGGGUGAUGGCGGCGACGGGAGCCGCGUGCGGGUGGCAAGGGGCGCGCGCGCGCGCGCGAGUCGGACCAACACGGUGAACGCCGACAACCCGUGCCGUGGGUCUCCGAGAUCCUUCGCUUCUUCUUAUUACUACGGUGGUCUCUACUCUCAUAGCCGAGCCGGGCCUCUUUCUCUCUCUCCACGUGGCCUAGCUCUUAUGAAUCUUAUUCUUGCAGUCUGCCUUACAGUAGAGACUGCUGACCGGUGCUGUGUGAGAUUAAUCAUUACGGUAAAUACACUAAAUAGUAAUUUAUAUUUGUCGUGAAAACCUCAAGUGUAUUUUUUGUAGUAAUCAACGACGUGCCGCCUCCUCCGGGAAACGACUGGAAAAGCCAAUCGGCCGCCUCUCCUCACGCCGCGGCCUCGCGAUCUCAUGAGUCCGUACCGCUCGCCGGGGAUUGUGCCAACAAACGCGGCGGUUACACUCGCAACGAGCGGCUGCCUCGCACAGAUCCAGGCGCAGCCUUCGCAGAGCUGCCCCCUCCCCGCCCAGCGAAGUUGCGGCGCGAGUCCACGGCGAACAUUCUCGCGCACAGCCGUCCUAGGAACACCGAAUUAAAAAUGGGCGCUUUGCGGCUCCUUGCGCGGUUCGUGUCCCGUGGUGAAGUUCAGGUUGCGGCGUGGUGCUCGCUUCACGAUCCGGUGGCCGUGCUGUCUGUGCCGGGCGCUUAAAGCGGUGUUUACACUUCCCCGUCUCACUCUCUACCUCUCCGCGCACCUCCGUGCAUGAUUAAAACUUCCCCCACGCCCGUACCCCAUGUGACAGUCAAUGAAAUGAACAUGUCUAGUGGCGUAACGUGCGAGUAGCCGUGUCUGUGGCCUUGUCUUUAACGACGCACCUUGGGCAGCCGCCUCUCUGUAACGGUGCAUACUGUAAUUAAACGUUUGAU